UGCCCGGCUCCCGGCGAGUGGCGUGAAGCGAGUUCGACGCUUUCCUCAGUCCUGGCAGGAUGCUGCCUUUCUCCCGGACCCAGCUGGGGCUCUUUUUCAUCCUCCUCUGCCCCGCUAACAUCAUCGGGCUCUGGUGGGCAGUGGGGAGCCCCCUGGUCAUGGACCCCAACAGCAUCUGCCGCAAGACGAAGCGGCUGGCGGGGAAGCAGGCAGAGCUGUGCCAGCUGGAGCCAGAGAUUGUGCAGGAGGUGGCCAAGGGCACCAAGCUGGGCGUCCGGGAGUGCCAGUACCAAUUCCGCUUCCGCCGCUGGAACUGCACCAGCCACAGCAAGUACUUCGGCAAGAUCCUGCAGCAGGGUAAGGCCAGUGCUUCCUCAGCUUCCCAUUUCCCAAAGAGGCCCCAGCCUGGUCAUGCGCCUCCCUGGGACUCCUCGAGCAGAAGCCGUUUGUCCCUCGGGGGGUGCCAGGCCGUGUCUGCAGCCCGGCAGCAGCAUCGGGAGCACGGAGAGCUGGCCCGGGCUGCCGUGUCCCUCCGUGGGCGCCUGGGGUGUGGGUACCGCGCACAGGUGUGCAGGCAGGUGCGUGUGCAUCCACUGCCCUCUGCUGAGCAGCGCGGGCAGCUCAGCGGGGCCGAGCCGUGCGGGGCUGCUGGCACCGGGCAGCCACCGGCCACGGCCAUUGGCAGCUUCGUCAGGGGCUGA